AUGUUGGGAAAUUCUCUUAUCAGCAAUAGGUGUUUUUCACAAAUCAAAAGGUUUGAAUGGACAGCUGGUGAUAAUGGUGUAAAAUUUUUGACAAAUUUUAUAAGGAUUUCACGUAAUAUAAAAGUACUCAAGAUUGAUUGGGAUGACCAUUGGUUUGCUAAAGAUGACUUGUACAAGAAUGAUGAUUUGCUUGUAAAUCUAAUUAAAAAUCAAAAUGCAUUGGAGGAAUUUCAUAUGUUCUUUUAUACUCAAAAUGGGAUUCCAAAAAUAAUUGAAGGGCUUGAAUACCAAUCAAAGCAUCUAAGGAAAAUAGUGCUAAAAAGAAAUAGGAUUCAUGAUGGAGGUUAUAUCACAAGGAUUUUAAACUUGGAAGGAUUAGAAGAUUUGAUCAUUAAGCAUUGUUGGCUUGAAACUGGUGAAAGACAUUGGCCGGUAGAAAAGAAAUUACAUUCAUUGGUGAAAUUUAAAUUUGUUUUGAACGAUCCAAUUCUUAUCAUCAAACCAAUCAAUUAUUUGACAACAACCGAUUUCAACGAUUCAUCCAAAUUGAGGGAAUUUACUUACGAUGAAAAUCGUUUUCAAAUGGAUUUUGUGACUAUCGCAAUGCAUAUUUCAACAUAUUUUACUAAUUUGGUUUAUUUGGAUUUGUGUAUAUACAUAACGGUUCCAUCGCUAUCAGAAAUAUUAUUAUCAUGCAAUAAACUUGAAAAAAUAAUCGUCAAAGAUAGAGGUUGGAAACAGAACUGGCAAAGUGAAAAGAAUGAAAACAUUCUAAAUAUUGAUAAACUAAUGAAAGAAAUCAAUCUAAUAAAGUUGAGGCAUUUGGAAUUAAAAGGGGUUUUCAGUUUUAGGCUUGAAUACCAAUCAAAGCAUCUAAGGAAAAUAGUGCUAAAAAGAAAUAGGAUUCAUGAUGGAGGUUAUAUCACAAGGAUUUUAAACUUGGAAGGAUUAGAAGAUUUGAUCAUUAAGCAUUGUUGGCUUGAAACUGGUGAAAGACAUUGGCCGGUAGAAAAGAAAUUACAUUCAUUGGUGAAAUUUAAAUUUGUUUUGAACGAUCCAAUUCUUAUCAUCAAACCAAUCAAUUAUUUGACAACAACCGAUUUCAACGAUUCAUCCAAAUUGAGGGAAUUUACUUACGAUGAAAAUCGUUUUCAAAUGGAUUUUGUGACUAUCGCAAUGCAUAUUUCAACAUAUUUUACUAAUUUGGUUUAUUUGGAUUUGUGUAUAUACAUAACGGUUCCAUCGCUAUCAGAAAUAUUAUUAUCAUGCAAUAAACUUGAAAAAAUAAUCGUCAAAGAUAGAGGUUGGAAACAGAACUGGCAAAGUGAAAAGAAUGAAAACAUUCUAAAUAUUGAUAAACUAAUGAAAGAAAUCAAUCUAAUAAAGUUGAGGCAUUUGGAAUUAAAAGGGGUUUUCAGUUUUAGUGCACACUCAUUAGAGCAAUAUUUGAAAAAAUCAAAUCCACCACUUGAAGUCAUGGAAAUACUUGGAUCGUACGAUUUUGGAAAUGAGCAUCUUGAAGUUUUGCUUGAAUCGUUAAAUUCACAACUUGAAAAUUUGGUUUUAACUCAUCGUUGGACAUUAAGAGAAACAGAUUUAUGGAUGUAUCAAAUACAAUUAACAGAAAUUGAUAAUAUGAGAAAAGAUGGAAAAUUUUAUGACAAGGACGGAAAUGUGCUCCUUUAUUUACUGCAUAAAUGUUACCGUUUAAUAUAUAAGCUUCUUAGUUCUAGUGAACCAAUUGCCGAACCUUUAAUGCCAAUUCAUAAUCAACUUCAAACAGUACGAAAAUUUUUAAAAGAAAUAAAAAAAUUUGGUACUCCAUUUACAGCAAGAGAACUUUAUCCAUAUCAGAUGAAACUUGCAUCAAUUGAUAAUCUUCGAGUAGAUGGGAAAUUUAUCGAUGAUGAUGGAUCUAUACCAGAAGGUCAAGGCAUAAUCGCGGCGUUAUUAAAUGAAUGUUAUGAUAUCUUGUACGAACUAAAAGCUGACGUGGAAGAAGAUGGUUAUGAAUAA